CCAGCUUGUAGCCAGGGCGGCGGGGUCUCCAGCCCUGCCGCCCGCAUGGAAGGUGGGAGCUGGGCUCCCAGGAGGUGGCCGUGCCUGCCUGGGAUGACGUCGCUGGCCUUGGCGUCUCUGCUCAGCUUCCUGCUCACCUCCGGCCAGGCCGAGGUCUACAGUCGCUGUGAGCUGGCCAGAAUGCUGCAGGAUUUCGGCCUGGAUGGCUUCCGGGGAUACAGCCUGGCGGACUGGGUCUGUCUUGCUUACUUCGCAAGUGGCUUCAACACAGCUGCCGUGGACCACGAAGCCGAUGGAAGUACCAACAAUGGCAUCUUCCAGAUCAACAGCCGGAAGUGGUGCAAAAAUCUCACCCCCAAGGUCCCAAACAUGUGCCAGAUGUACUGCUCCGACUUGUUGAAUCCUAACCUCAAGGAUACUGUUAUCUGUGCCAUGAAGAUAGUUCAGGAUCCCCAGGGUCUGGGCACCUGGGAGGUCUGGAGGCAUCACUGCCAGGGCGAGGACCUCAGUGACUGGGUGGAUGGCUGUGAAUUGUAGGAUUCUCUCUGGAUGGACAGGCCAUGCAUAGCAGCUU